AAUUAUAGACAUGUAUCUAUAGAUCAUAGCCUUGUCUGAAAAUUGUUAAACACUAGAUUUUAAUACAGGCAUGAGAAAUUAGCUAUUAUUUUAGGGUUGUCAGGGUAACAUGAUUGACAAAGAGUGCAGGAAAUAAUGCAACCCAUUUACAGCCCAGAAUAAGUGUGGUAAAGGGCCUUCUGCGCUAGAAGAAUUGCUGUGGUUUUGUAGUUUGCUUUUUAGCAAGUGAUCAAGAGCUGAAAGAUGCAUGAAAGACAUCAAGUUUUGGGCCUCGCUUUGGGUGAAUAGAGGGGAGUCAGCCAAAGUUGCAUAUGUCAGAUCCUAGAAAUGGCAAUAUUAUCCCCCCCACAAGCUGGUCUUUCUAGAGAGGAGACUGAGAGGGAUUGAAAACAACAUGUAAAGCAAGACAAGACGUUGAGUUGAUUGUGAGUUAGAAAGAUGAAUUGGCUCAGUCCGAUGCAAGAAGCCGAAAGAAACAGUGUCUAAACUGGCAUUUUGCGAGUCUUUCGGUUAUUUUGGUGCUGAUAACUAAUCCCAACUUACAAUAUGCACAACCUUGUAGUAGAGCAGAAUAUUCAUGGAAAUUGAUUCAAAAGACACACAUGCCCUUCUAUAUUUUUAGGGUGGCCAAAUCUUUAAACAAUUGGCCACGUGUUUGUUGAAGAUUGGUCCAUGAUGGCCGAGCGGAUAAUUUGUUGCUCUAGUAGGAUGCCAUCUGGUUUUGGUGGAUUGUCAAAUUCAGAGCAUUCCUAAAUGGGGGGGUCCCCUUCAUCACGUGGAAGGGGGCUGCCUAAUUGCAAAAUCCCACAAGACAAAGAAAUGGUCGUUUACAAAUCUCCUCUAAUCCCCUCUCCACCAAUUAUUAUCCAUCUCCCACGUGGGACUUUGGCCCAACCUCACCAUUACUUCUUUUCCCUUCGCUAUAUAAUCUAAUGCUUAUUGCACUGCCAUAACUCAUGAUCAUCUAGCAUCAUAUAUGCUUCACCCGAUCUCUCUCUUUCUCUCUCUCUCUCUUCAUAUAUUUCAUAUUGAGUUUAAUUAAAUUCUCUUCUGAAUCUUGUUUAUGUGAAUCACAUCAUAUCUUAACAUUAUGGGGGACUCUUCUGCUUCGUACAUACAUAUGUGUUCUGGCUUUGAAGUCAUACAUGUUUCUACAUAUGGUGCAGCACCUAAUAGAGAAGUGCCUUAUCUUCAACAUGAGCAAAGAAGAGUGCGUGAAAGCCCUCUCCAAGCAUGCGAACAUCACACCAGUCAUCACUGCUACUGUGUGGAAUGAACUAGAGAAAGAGAACAAAGAAUUCUUUGAGGCCUAUUCUCGAUCUCAGAAGAAGGAAGAUCGAAUGUCAGAGGCAGAAACAAAUGCAAUGAUUCAAAAGAUAGUAUCUGAUCAUGAUCACAAUGAUGAUGAUGAUGAUCGUGAUGAGGAAAAUCCCAAGGAUCCAGAAGAUUAACACGCCAUAGAAAUCAAAGUUAUGAUUUACUGGUUGGGAUGCCGUUUCUUAUAAUUCUUAUACCUUAACCUCCUCACUUCACAUAUGAAUUCUUCACAUCCAGCCAAACUCAUAUAGAAUAUUUUAAAAGGGCCCCUACAUCAUUGAAAAUUGAAACUACGGACUUAGUACUAUGUGGUCCCUUUCCACAUAAUCAAUGAAAUCUUGAGGAUUUCCUAUCAAGACGUGCCACAUCCCCCAGAUAGGAAAGGUUUCCUUGUGCAAUCUUUGCUAUUUCCUGAUCAUAUGAUCGUCGAGUAAUGACAAACAUAUGGAUGCCUCAUUAUUAUUAUUAUUAUUAUGUGUGUUUUGUGAAUAUUCUAGAGGGUGACAUAUUAUUGGAGGGUGGAAAUGCAAGAAGGGUACCUGACCUGGAUUCUUUCUUUGAUUUGUUACUAUCGUCUAUCAUUCUAUAUAAAUAAAUUUGUUUCUUUGCUGUUAUUUAUGACCA